CUCACACCACCACCAUCACUACCACUACCACUACCACUACCAUCUUCGCCACCCCACUACCAACACCGCCGCCGAGCGACAUCGCAUCGUGUAGUGUAUACACACACGCGCGCACGACCGUCGGCAUACACACGCGAUAUUUCGCCCCGUUCGUACCUCCGUCACCGACUGCCCCGUGUCGUCGAGUACACAUCACAAUAUCGCGCGCUCCGGCUCGCACGGACGACGAACGCGCGCCACACAUCGCUGAAAGACCCGUCGAGAUUUCUUCGGUUUUUUUUUUCAAAUUAUCGGUUCCGUAUUUUGGUUUUUUUUUUUUUUUAUCUGUUCGAGAAACGAUAAAAACAUUAAAAGUCGUCCGCUAGAAUCGUGAUCGUAUUUGUUUUAAACACGUCCAUUUACCCACCCGUGGACGUUUUGAAUUUUUUUUAUUAAUUUUUCWCGCUAUGUUUUCGCCAAAACGUGUUUUAGCCGGCCGGCGGCGGCCACCCGGCGACACGCCGGCGUCACGCCGAUGAUGACCGUUCGCGCGCGGCAUCACCGCCACCGCUACGACGAGUGUCGUUACUACAACACCGCCACUACUGAUACUACUACUACUACUACCACCACCACACCACCACCGACGCCGCUACGGGACUGCUCUAGCGACAACAAAACAGUACGCUCAGCUGAUUCUCAUGUGCUCGCACGCCGAAGGAGAAGCUAAUAACCGCACGUAGUCAUGGAGAUGCAGAUAAGCAACGCGUCCGAGUUCCCGUUGUACCACUCGAUGGCGACGGGACCGCACUCGUUCCAGCUUCCCGGCGCUAUACCACCAGUCAGCACCAUGCCAUCGUACAAGAACACCAUGUUCCCUGACCGGUUGGGGGGCUUCUAUUAUGACUCGGCCGGCGUCACUCACGCCAUKCCCGUUGAACGGUGUGACCGGUGCUACAUAGAACUAUCGGUGAUCGGCAGUGGCCAUCAUUUUGGCAAGAAGAUGUGCGGCAUGUGCGCGGCGAAGGAACAGCAGGUGUCGCCCAAAGUGGAGACCGAAAUACUGGACUUGGACUCGCAACAAGUCAUGUCACAACAGCAGCAACAACAACAGCAGCAGCARCAGCAACAGGACACGAACAAAGGGUUUUUGCAGCACGGUGGCGUGGGCGUCGUCGUGCCACCCGGUUACGACAGACCGCCGCAACCGCCUCCACCGCCGCCGGCGGUUGAGUGGCCCGGCUACUUUCAGCCGCAGCAGAACACGCUGUCCGGCGAGCACCUGUCUCCCGAUUACAACAACGUGUCGACCACAACCACCACACCGCCGACGAUGAUGGGCGGGUCACCGCCGUCGGACAUGCAACAACAGCAACAGUACCAGGCCAACUUUGACGGUGGCGGGUAYGCGGUCGAUUCGAACCAACAGCCCGGCGGAGGCGGAAGCGGAAGCGGCGGAGGGUCUGGGUCCGGUACCAAGGGGAACGGGUCGUGGAAGUCGAAUGAGGCGAGGCGCGCCAAGACUUACGAGUGUCCGGCUUGCGAUAAAUGGUUCACCAGUUCUGGUCACCUUAAACGGCACUAUGGCACUCAGUUGCACAAGAACGCGGUCAAGCAGAGUGGCAAACCAGAUCCCGCGCUUUUGCCCAUGAAACAUCACUAUCAUCCGUACCGGGACCCGGCAUACGUAGCGCAACAGAAGCUCAAGCAGCAGCAGCAGAACGGCCCGUCGUUGCACAAGCAACAGUCGUCCAUGAUGAUGCCAGCCGACUUCCGCCCCGUCACGUCUACGUCAUCGUUCAACACCGAUUCUUUUUUAGAGCUGACUCCCCCAAACCUGACAGCAAGCCUCUCGGACAGUUUGGGGGGAACCCAAUUCCUACCGGCCCGUCGGCCGGUCAGCAACAGCAGCAGCAGCAGCAACAGCAACAACAGCAGUACGGCCGGUUUCACGGACGAGAUGCAAAUUUCUUCUUACCCCAACAACAACAGCAACAAAUACCGGGCGGACCUAACGGCGGUCCACCAUACGGACCGCCGCCAGGCCACGUCGUACCACGGCCACCGGCAGUCGACAGCGGGUCAACAAGCGCUUUCGGCAUACCUGCACCACCCGAUCACGGAUACCAUCCAGCCAUACACCACCCAGGUUUCUAUGAUCCAACAAACUACCAACACGGAUUUGUACACCACUAUGCCCGACAGUAACGGCCGUGGUGGCCAUCUGUACCAUCGCCAGCUGCAGGAGCWGCCGUACCACCAUGUCAACAACGUGGUCGUUCGCAAUCCGCAUCAGCACCAGUUGCCGCCGUCGCAUCAAAGUCAGCAGCACCACCAACACCGCCAUCAGCGAAUCAUCGAGUAUCAACAACCGUCGUCCACGACCAUGCAGCCGUCGGUAUACCAACAACCGCAGCAACAAACCCAUCAGCGCCAGUUGCAUGUGCUGCAGCAACGCAACAUCAAACAGGAACCAUCCGAACUGGUCGAGUACAACAACGUUGACGACACUCCGAUGGCCAGCCCGGACUCGAGCAUUGAUCAUCAUCAUCAUCAUCAUCAACACGUCCAACACCAGCAGCUGCACAAUCAUCGCCCGCAGUAUCAAGGCCUGUUGGUGGUGGCGCCCAUAUCGCCGUCAUCGCCGCCGCCAUCGCUGCCUCUGCCGCUACAUCAGACCGCCACCGACGAUGACACGAUGGUCAGCGACAGCGACAUCGACCUGGACACCGGUUMGCCGCCGAACUUUAACUGCACGGAACUGUCGUCGUCGCACUCGGCGCUGGCCAAAAAGUUCCGGAAAGCCACCCGCGUAACGUGCGACAUUUGCAACAAGGACUUCACGGACAAGUGUUACAAGACGCAGCACGACCAGAGGUUCCAUAGCGGCGAGAAGCCGUACCGGUGCGGCGUGUGCGGCAAGCGGUUUGGCGAGCAAAAGCUGCUGCAGGUGCACGAGCUCCGGCACAACGACAGCAACAAGGCGUUCCCGUGCACGGUGUGCACCAAGAGCUUCAACUUCAAAAACGAUCUGGACCGGCACUUCAUGUCCAGCCACUCGGCCGAAAAACCGUACCAGUGCGUGCAGUGCGAGAAGAAGUUCGUGCGGCUGGACCACAAGCGGCACCACGAGAAGACGCACGACGACAAUGUGGAGAAGUCGAAAAAGAAGAAGAAGGCGAUGGCCGACACUAGUCGCUGGCACGACCACGGUGGCACACAUCGGCAGCAGCUCACUGGCGAACUUCAAUCGUAAGACAUUCAAAACACGUAUUGAUGAAUGCGAUCAUAGUAAGUCGCGCGKUUUUUUUUUUUUGUACGUUUACCUCGUAAACGCGAUAACUUUUUACGAGAUAAAAAUAUAAUGUCGCGGGAGUAGACGACGCGACGGCACCGUCAUUGUAAAUUGUAUUAUUAUUAUUAUUWUUUUUUUUUAUUCAUUUUUAAUUUCGGCCGUGACAACAUUAUUGUGAUGUUACACAAGUGUGUCACGCAAACCACUGCGGAAAUAUUACCGCCGUGUGACACGUCCGAGAACGUUUGACUAUGUAGGUACUGUAUACUAUUAUAUACUUGUAUCGAUUUACUAUUUCGGUCAUUUUUUCGUCCGAUAAAAAUCGUGUCGAUGUUUCCGAAACUGACCGGUCCGGCAUUCCGGUACCGUGAUAAUUACUGAAAACACUUUUCGAGAUUGACUUUGCAUAUUAUAAUUUAUGUUGUACAUAACAAUAAUAAUAAUCCUAAAUCCAGGGGCAUUACAAUAUUGUUAAGAAUUUUUUAAUUAAUAUAUUUUGCAACCCGCACCAAAAAACCAAAUGUAAUCCUACCCUAAACCAUACCCCCCACCCCCUCAAAAAAAUUCCCUGCCCUAUUGUUGCGUCGUUUGUUGAUGGCUCAAUCUCUUACAUUAAAUAUUAUAAUAUUCCUAAUAUAAUAUAUGUAUUAUUAUUAUUUUAUACAUUUUUUUUUUCAUUUGUUAAAUAUUUUAUUUUCAUUUGAUUUGGGUACCAAUAUUGCAUUAGUUAAAACAUAUCCCCCACAUGUUACAUAUCACACGACGACGCUCUAGAAUUAUUAUUAUUAUAUUACUUAUAACAUUCGUUUGUUUCGUACCUGCUAUUAACUAUAUAAUAUUAUAAAUGUAUGAUAAUAUUAUAUUGGAUAUAUAAACUGAUAUUUUAAUUUUGUGCU